ACUGACCAUUCAGCGUGCAUUCUGGCAACGCCGCUGUGGCCAUUUCGGCGUUUUUGUUUAUGUUGUUUGUUGGCAAUUUCCAUUCAACGAACGCUGACGAGCAGGACAUAAACGAUCUUUAACUAAGCAAUGUCACUGCCCACGAAAUUAAGCAGGGCAACAUUGACAACAAAAGUAUAAAAAAUAGUGACUGCUUAAAAUGGCGUUUCUGGCCGACUGUGUAAUCGUGUUCGUCUCGCAGAUGCUCUUCUUUGCCGGCGGUUGGCUGUUCUUCAACAAGCAACUAUUCAAGCACUAUGAGAUUCGUCACAUAUCCGUGCAGUUGAUUUUCUCCUCAACAUUUGCGCUGUCCAUAACAAUGUUUGAGCUCAUCAUAUUUGAGAUUAUUGGCGUACUGGAAUCAAGUUCUCGUUAUUUCCAUUGGCGUCUGGGUCUGACGCUUCUGCUGUUCAUGGUUACUGCGGUGAUACCCGUAUACAUUUGUUACUCUGUGAUACACAGCAUUUCCAUCUUUUCCGACAGAUGGGUGCGCAUUUUGACAACUCUCUGUUGGUUCGUCUUCCUCUACGGCCUUUGGCGCAUUGGUGAGCCCUUUCCGCUGCUCAGCGCCUCACACGGCAUUUUCACCAUCGAACAGGGAGUGUCACGCAUUAGUGUUAUUGGUGUGACUGUUAUGGCCAUACUCUCCGGCUUUGGUGCUGUCAAUUAUCCAUACACCAGCAUGACCUAUUUUAUCAAGCCCGUUUCACGCAAUGACAUCAUAUGCUUUGAGCGACGACUGGCUCUCACUGUCGAUAUGUUGACGGCCAAGAAACGCCGCAUUGCCAUGGCCGUUUAUAAUCACAAUAAACAGCAUCCCACAAAGCCGAGAAUUUGGGAUAUGUUGACGUCAGCAGUGCAUCGCACAACUAGCUCUGGAGAGGACAUUAAUCAGCUUAAGCAGGAAGUAUACGGGCUGGAAGAGCUACAACGCUCCGUCUUCCUCGAGCUGAGCUCACUAAAAAACAUGGAGGAGCGUCAACGUUGGUCGCAAACACUACAGGGAAAAUACUUUAAUGUUUUGGGGCAUUUUUUCAGUGUCUAUUGCGUCUAUAAAAUAUUUAUGUGCUGUAUAAACAUAAUAUUCGAUCGCGUUGGCCGCAAGGAUCCAGUGACGCGCGGCUUAGAAAUCGCCGUGCACUGGUGUGGCUUUGAUAUAGAUUUGGCCUUCUGGAAUCAACAUGUUUCCUUUCUUCUGGUUGGUUGCAUUGUGGUUACAUCCAUACGAGGUCUGCUGCUAACACUAACAAAGUUCUUCUAUCGCAUUUCAUCCAGCAAAUCAAGCAACAUAAUUGUGCUGAUUUUGGGUCAAAUUAUGGGCAUGUAUUUUUGCUCCUCAGUUCUGCUGAUGCGCAUGAAUAUGCCAGCUGAGUAUCGUGUGAUUAUCACUGAAGUGCUUGGCAAUUUGCACUUCAACUUCUAUCAUCGUUGGUUCGAUGUCAUAUUUCUGGUCAGCGCCCUGACUACCAUAAUUGUGUUGUAUUUGUCCCGCAAACCUGUUCGCGUUGACGAUACUGAUUUGCACUAAACCAAAAGUGGGGAGAUCAUGACAAGGUAUGAUAAGUUAGGCACAAUUGAUUGAGAAUCAGUUAAGUACCAUAUUUAAUGCAAGCUUUAAGUUAUAAAGUUACAUACAUAUAUAUAUAUAUAUAAAUCCAAGUAUACGCCAGUGUGUAUACGUAUGUUUGACUAAGUAUCCUAAGAAUACAUAGCACAAAAAUCACAGUUGAAUCAACUUAAGUAAAUUGAAGCAACGAACUGUUUUAAUAUAUAUAAUAUAAUUGUAUUGUAUCUAAGGUUAUGUUCCAAGAUAAAAGCUUCCAAACAGCGUACCCAGUAUUUUCAAAACGCAUGCGCUUAAAGCAUGCCGCUAAAGGCUAACAGCAGCUUUCAGUGAAAUGCAUUGGCACUGAGGCAGGACCAAAGCUCAAAAUGGUUUGGGUUGUCAUGUUACAAGUGUCCUGUUUGGGCUCAAGGUUGACUCAAACUUGAGUUUAUUUCACCCAUUUUUCUCAAAUGUUCCAUUUCCAAUGUUUCAUGUUAUUUUCACAGAUUUAAAAUAGCUAUGUAUGUUAUUGUUUGAGGUAAACUGUUUAGAAAUAUUGGGUAACUUGGUGAAUCCGUAAGAAUGUAGUUUGGUAUAAGAAGUUAGGGCAAUUCCAGAUUUACAUUUCUGUACUUUCAAAAUUGUUUUACCAGAAAUAUUUUAAUAUACACAUAUAGAUAAUUUUUCAAUUAUUUUGCUUUAUAAUAAAAAUAAUGCCUAGUUUUUGAGAUUAGAGAUUCUGUUAAAAAUAGUCCCAAAACUUGAAUUUACAUCACAAAGUCAUUCCACUUCUUGCCUAACGCUUGAAAUCAAUUGAAAGAACAGUCGCAAAUAUUGAGAAGUGAAGCUCAAUUAAAGCUGUUGCGAAUUUUAGAAAUGCAAAAAGCGUGUCAAUUCACAUCACAGACGGGCUAUUGGGCCAAUUGAAGAUAAAACGUCAUGAAAUCAUUGCGGCAGCAAAAUACUCAGCCAAAAGCAUUUAAGUGCUAGAGUGAAUAAAUAAUGGAACAAAAAUGAUUGAAGGGUGUCCAGAAGGCCACCGCUUAAGCUGCAGUCCCUUAAAAAUGUUGAGAACAAGCGCAGCCCACUGGCAACUAACGCGAUUUAAUCAGCUGUAAACUCGAUUAGCUGUUUACAAAACAUGAGACAAACCAUCGCCCGCAGGAGGAACGGCUAGAGAUGUGCACCCUAGAGAUGUAUAUGCAUGUCUUAAGUCAUCUAUAAAGUACGAGAAUGAAUAUGUUAAAAUUUACAUGUGAUUAUCAUUAAUUUUCUAAAUUUUCAUCUAUAAAUUACUAGAAUGAAUAUGUCAAAA